ACACAUCCUGGUUUUAAUAAAAGAUCCAGAAUUCAGCGUAAACGUCGAGCUCAAGAAAAAAAUAUGAAAUUAAAUUCCCGAGAUGUGGAAGAUUCCGAACAAGCGGAUGUUUUCGAAAGGUCAGAAAUUAUUAAUACAACUGCAUCUGUGUCAAAGGAGAAUCAUUGCCCGGAUGAUUUUUUUACAAAGUCCGGAAGUGAAAAAUUUGACUUUCUACGCCAGAAGUUACAGCUAAUGUUCCUAAGACAAACCAGCUUUCCUGAGUUCUGAUCUGGACAUUUCAGUUAUUGACUCUGACGUAGAAGGUAGAAAUACAAGCUCUCUUUUGGGGUAUGCCAGAAUGUAUUAUUGCAGCAGCUGCAGCCAGAGUUGGUAAAAAAGUUUUGCAUCUGGAUCGUAAUGGUUAUUAUGGUGGAGAUUGGGCAAGCUUCAGUUUUGAUAAAUUUUUGGAGUGGAUUGAUGAGGCAAAGGUUGACAGUGAUAAUCUUGGAGAACAUAGUAAUGAAUCAUCACCAAUAUCAUCAUUUGUAAAUGAAAAUGAAAAUUUUGUGUUGUGUUUGCCAAAUUCUAAAUCUGUAACCAAUAUUUGCCUUAAAUCUUAUAUAAGAGAUGAGCCCUGUUCUCCAGUUACUUUAAAUGCUGAAAUUAAUGAACUUUUAAAUAACACAGAAAGUGAAGCCAGCCACUCAUCUGACGAUCAACCCGUUAAUGUUGCACCUUCAACUGAUAGUGUACAGUCAGAAGCAGACAGUGAAGAAACUCUUAAUAGUUCAAGCCAAAAUGAUACUUCCUCUCCUGAUACUAAUAAUGCUGACAAUCAACCUGUUUCCAUAGUUGAUUUGCAGCAAGAGUGGUCGAUACGCAACUUUUUAGAAAAUCGAAGAAAAUUUAAUAUUGACUUAGCACCUAAGAUUAUGUUCUCUAGAGGUUCACUUGUAGAGCUGCUUAUAACAUCUAACAUUGCACGUUAUGCAGAAUUUCAAUGUGUUAACCGAGUUUUAACUUAUAUAAAUGGCCAUUUAGAACAAGUUCCUUGCUCACGAGCUGAUGUAUUUAGUACCAAAAAUGUAACAGUUGUGGAGAAAAGAAUGCUGAUGAAAUUUUUAACAUUUUGUCUAAAGUUUGAAGAACAAGAAGAAGAAUAUAGAGGUUUCGAGAAUGGCUUAUUUGUGGAUUUUCUAAAAUCUAAGAAGUUAACUCCAAAUGUUGAACAUUAUAUUAUUCAUGCCAUUGCAAUGGUGGAUGAAUCAUGUAAUACGUUAGAGGGCCUCAAAGCUUCACAAAAGUUUCUUGAAUCACUAGGACGAUAUGGGAAAAGCCCGUUUCUAUGUACUUGUUAUGGAAGUGCGGAAUUACCGCAGUGCUUUUGCAGGUUAUGUGCUGUAUAUGAAGGAAUGUACUAUCUUAAACGGAAAGCUGAAGCAGUUGUUCUUAGUAAUAACCAUUGCUGUGGUAUUAUAUCAAUGGGACAGAGAAUCAAUUGCCAGUGGUUGGUAAUGGAAUCGAGUUACGCACCUCCUGAAUUUUUACCUCCUGCUAAACCAGAAUAUCUAUCUCGAGGGAUAUUUAUCACUGAUGCAUCUCUCUAUCCUUCAGAAAAGAAUGAAAAUAUCUUGCUAAAAUUACCUCCUGGACCUGGAAUUACAAAUCCUAUUACAGUUCUUGAAUUCAGUUCAAAGACUUAUGUAUGUCCAGAAGAUCUCUAUAUUGUUUAUAUGGUGGGUCAUUCCUCGAAUACUACAGCUGAAGAGGAUUUGAAGUAUGCUGUUGAGUUAUUAUUCAGAUCUGAAGCUUCUGGCAAUGAAGUACCAAAUGGAAGUACAAACCACAAACCAAAUAUUCUUUGGUGUCUUUAUUACAACCAAAAAGAUACAUCUACUAUUGACUUGAAUUUUUGUGUUCCUGGAAGUAUCUUCUUGACAUCUUCACCUGAUGUGCAGCUAGAUUAUGAGCAUUCUGUGAAAGAAGCCCGUGAAAUUUUUAAUAAAAUAUGCCCAGGAGAAGAAUUUCUACCACGAGCACCUGAUCCUGAAGACAUUCUAAUUGAUCAGCAUAAUAAUCCUGGAGAUGAUGGUAAUGGUGGUAAAAUUGAAAAUGAUGUCAGUAAAUCUGAUUCUGGGUUUACUGAAAGUUCAUAUAGUAAUGCUGAGAUAGAAAGUACGAAAUCCUUAGAAGAAAAUCAUUCAACAUUGGGUAAUCAAAGCUUGGAUAAUGCUGAGACGGAAGGGACAAAAUCUAGUGAAGAGAAUCUUACAGCUACUGAAAAUCAAAGCUUAGAAUCUGAAACUGGUUAAUAUUUCAUAGCAAAGCUUAGUAAAAUCAAAAAGGUGUAUAAGCUAGUUACUUAAAUUUUUGUCCAUCUGUUAUUCAGCUUUGUGUAUUUUGACUGACCAUUCCAAAACAGAGAUUUGCAUAUGCGUUUAAUUUUAAACCUGUUGAUAUCUGUUUAUAAUUAUCAUCAUUAUAUUGCAUAUAAUGCCGGAAAUUAUGCUUCAUAACAUAAAUUCUUAUAAAAUCUUAGGUCUAAAUCUUUAUGUGAAAAUUUAGUUUCAGAAAUUUAUUUCGAAAAUCUUCCCUUCCCCAGUCGCAGCACAUUUUAUGCAGUUUGGGUUUCCUCUAAAUGAAAGUUAUGUAUUCAUGCCACUUUUUUUAUCUGACUUACGUGUAUCUUGACUUCAGUUAAAAACUUUGAAGAACUAGAAAGAAGGAAAAAUAUAAUACUGAGGGGUUUUUUUUUUUUUUUUAAUUUGCUGUAAAAAAAUAACAAAAAUGUCAUCAUUUUGAAUGUAAAAUUAUUCUAAUAUUUAUAUAUUUAU